CUUGAUAAAACCAUCCACUUUGCUUCUUUUUGUUCUUUCCGUGAGUAGCCACUUUGUUCAGUUUUCUAGCAAUGCCAUGUUUUGUUUCAGGGAUCUCUGCAUUUAGAGGGUAAAUAAUCACUAGUUUAAUAAAGGUUGUCUAUUGUUCAGGGGCUUGCAAAUGCUUUCACUUGUUCUUGGCUCAGACAUCACCGAUGCAUCUGUUGCUGCUAUUGCUUCAAGCUAUUCUAGAUUAGAAUUGCUUGAUCUAAGUGGGUCUAGCAUCAGUGAUAGUUAUUCUGAUCAAAAUUCUGACAGUGAAGUUCCAAAUGUAUUGAACAAUAAACUGCACCUUAUGUACCAGAAGCUUAUCAUCAAACACAGCCGACUAAAGAAACUCAGCUUGUGGGGUUAUUCUAGCUUAGAUGUGAGCUCUUUUAGUCCUUAA